AUGAACAAGGACCAGAUGCAGAGGAGUUUUGGGGGCACGCAACAACCCUCUAUAGACCCAAGUCCCUUUAACAAGUGUGCGCACAGAGAGAAGAACCAGUGUUUUUGUCACGGCUCGUCUGCGGCAGGUCACGGGGAGCAGCCGUGGUUCAUGGGGUGUGUCAACGCCAGCAGCAGACUUUAUCCAGCCGAGGGUGUCCGUGACCUUGACCCGGUAACCUGCUCUGUGCGCUGCCUGGAUGAAGGGUACCAGACUGCAGCAUUAAGCUCAGAGAGUUGUUACUGUGGUAACCAGCUGCAUGAUUGGACAGUCAAUGAGUGCUUCAACACGUCUCUCGAUGAAGGGUCAAAGGACAUCAGAGGAGACAUUGAGGGACAAAGCGUGCUGUACCUGCCUGUUGGAAGCAGAAAGGGAAAUCUGGCACUCUACAGAACCAAAGGACCCUUUCUGCACAGCAUCAGUCUGUCCACCUCUCCAGACAGAGUGCAUGCUGGGAGGACUUUUGUCUUGGAGGUUUCUGGAAACCUGGCUGGACGCCCCAGCCAGCCCACAGGGCUUCUGGGUGUGGGAGAGACAAGCCUCUCUCAUGUCACUGUGGACUUUUCGGGGAUGACCACUGCGGGUCAAAGUUCACAUCAUGUCAACGUGCUGGAUGACGGCUCCUUUGCCUUGUCAUCAGACUGGAUUUUAGAAACUUCAGGAAAACAUGAAAUUAAUGUCAGCGUCUCCAACCCUCUAUCCAGACUCUCCUCCACCCUGCAACUCUCUGUGUUGCAGCCAUUUCCUGACGCCUUGGUGAUCUCUUUGUUUCAUGGCCCUCUGGGUGUCCCCUCCUGCACCCCCUACAUACAGAUGAACUCCCACAAUAUGACUGUGAAGGCAGCGUACGUAGGCGACCCUGUCACACUGCAGGCGCACGUGGCUGAUGGGCUGGCAGCAGAGUUCACCUGGUGGUUAAUUCACAGAGAGAGGGAGGAAAAAAAGGGGGUGGAGGAGCAGAGGACGGGUGUAAAGACAGACUGCCUCCCAAACACUGACUGUCUGAACAGCACUGUGAUCUGGACCUUUAAAACUGAGGGAGUUCAUGUGGUGUCAGUUAAUGCCUCCACUACCUACGGAUGGACACAGGAAACCAUCUAUAUUGCAGUUGUCCAAGUUGCCGUCUCUGACUUAAAAGUGAGUGUAUCUGGGAAUCAGCUGAGUGCAGGAGAGGCUAUUUCUGUAGAGGUGGAGCUGCUCACCACCAUGAAGCACCUUCUUCUUCUCAACCUCACACUGAACACAGACUACGACGAUGAUGUCAGAAGCAACUUUACUAAUUGCAAUGAAAACAUCAGCGACAACACCGGCAACAUUAAUAAAGCUGAGAAUCACACAAGAAAAACUACCAAGCAAGAAAUCAGUAAUGAUUAUGUCUUAGGCAACAGUAACCAUGGAAACAUCAACUUUGAUCACAAUCUCAAUCAAUACCACAAUAACAUCCGUUGUCACAGUGGCACCCAAUCACACCCCCCCUCUAAUGGUCUCAUCCCUGUGCACCUCCUUCACAUGUCCAACUGCUCCGACUGCCAUGUGCACCUCCACCUUCACUGCCGCCUCCCCACCACUGCAGGACAGUAUCACCUCACAGCCUCUGUGCUUUCCACCGCUGAUCCUUCAUCAGUGCUGCUCUCCGCUGUCCUGCCUCAAGCUUUGAUGGUGCAUGAGCGUUUACGAGCCCCAAGGCCUUCUGGGAGUUGGAUGUCAGUUGUUCCGACACAAUCUGAAUUCAGCCUGGAGGUCGUCAGCUGUGUGAAGUCCAAAGUGGUUUGGAUUUUUAGUUUGGAUGAUGCUGUUGUGAUUAACAGAACAACCAAAAACUGGUACAUAAAUGUGUCUCUUCCAAUAGCAGGGAGGUAUAAUGUCACAGUUAAGGCAUUUAACCCAAUCAGCUGGGCCUCCUUUCACACACACAUACUGGUUCAAGAUCCAGUCGGAGACCUGUCGUUAAAUGUUCUGAGUGUGAUCACGACAAAUCAAAAACACUUGGUUUUAUUUGCCGUCACAUCAGGGUCAAACAUGACUGUGUCUCUGCUGGUGAAUGCAACACUACUGUACAGAAACAGCAACUACUCUGCAGCAGAGGAGGCAGCAGCGGUUUUGUUUUUUGACCACGCUGGGACAGUUGUGGUUGAGCUUCGAGCUGAGAAUCGAGUGUCUUCUCAGAACAAGAACGUCACAGUGAGUGUUGAGGGGAAACGGAAGCCGUCACCACAAGUGAAUCCAACCAGGCAACCACCCACCAGUCAAAGACCUGUUCACAACCUGACUGACAACACUGUGCGGAUUCAUGCAGCAGAGCAAGCUUAUCCCACAAACACAGAUAUAACCUUCCUGGCUGUGGCUGAUGUGAUGGAGGCUGUGGAGUUUCUCUGGUACUUUGGAGACUCCAAAUCCACCAGAACAACGUCAAAGACUGUUACCAAAAGAUACUACGCUCCCGGCAGGUAUGAUGUAGUCGUAGUCGUAUCUGCUGGUGGGACCUCCUUCACCUCUGAAGUGUUCCCGCUGGUCAUCCAGAGAGCAGUGAAGCUCAACAGGCUGGUCCACCAGGCCUCUGUCCUGCAGAACCACACGGUGACGGUGAGUUGCCGGGUCAACGUGGGCACUGACGUUGUUUUCCUGUGGAGCUUCGGAGAUGGAACAACACGGUGGGGACAGAGCACUGAGCAGCACGUCUUCCACAGGACCGGCGAGUUCAGGGUGGGGGUGACUGUGUCCAACCUGGUGAGCUCUGCCUCUCUGAGCAGCCACAUCUUUGUUGUGGAGCAGCCGUGUCAGCCUCCGCCUGUCAAAAACAUGGGGCCUCUCAAACUACAGGUACGAAGACACAAGGUUAUCCGUCUAGGAGUGACCUAUGAGACUCAGGUUGACUGUGACAUAUCAGGAGGUCUUCACUACACCUGGACCUUGUUUGACUCUGCAGGCCAGGUCUUCCCUUUGCCUCUCAUACACACUCACAGACAGAGCCUCAUACUGCCGAGCCAUCUCCUGCAAUAUGACACCUACACUGCCAUAGCCAGGGUUCAGGUUGUCGGCAGUGUGGUGUACAGUAACUACAGUGUGAGAGUUCAAGUGAUACCCAGCCCUCUUGUGGCGGCCAUUCAGGGCGGCACCAACGUCUUCAUUAACAACAGAAACACCACCGUGGUAACCCUGGACGGGCAGAGAUCUUACAACCCUGACUUCCCCGUGAGCCCAGUCAGCUUCAGCUGGGGAUGUAAACCAGUCAGCUCCAUCACCGGCUCCUGUUUCAACCAACACAUUACCACUUCCUCCUCUGUGCUCACAUUUCCUGCUGGUUUCCUAAAACACAACUUUGACCAGUUUCGGUUCACGCUUACCAUCAGCAGCGGAGAACAUUCAGCUUCAACAGAGACCUUUAUCACAGUCACACCAAAUGUAAAUAGAAAGGUGGAAGUUUACUGCCCUCAGUGCCGAGGAGACCAGGUGAACUGGGAUCAGUCUUUCUCCAUCAAUGCCUUGUGUGAAGACUGUGAUGUUUCCCCACAACACAUCCAGUACACCUGGAGCCUGUACCGGGUCAACGCCUCGUCCAAACCUGUCAUAGAAGUCCCAUUUUGUUACACAGUGGAUCUCAGUGCUCCGUCCACCAUCAUUGAGGGUCCCGCCAUUUCUCCUCAGACUCCUGGGACUUCCUCCCUGCAUCCACCUGCUGCAGAUUCUCCACACUACACUCAUACUGUUCAAGCCUUCCCUACUGUCUAUCUGACUGAGAACGCUUCUGAAACUGCAGCCGAAAAGCUAAACUUGAGUGUGACUGACAGCGAGACAGCAUUAACGAGGAACAGAGACACAUCACGCAUCGCUGGUUUGACAGACCCACAGUCCCUUCUUAGCUCUUCCCCAGUCAACAGAAGAACAGCAGGGCCAGGAGAGGAGCCCAUUUAUCAUCCUCUGGAAGAAAUUGACCAUCUAGAGCUUCUGUACUCCUCCACUGAAUACCUUCCACGUGCCCUUGACAGUGGUAGCGGCCAGGGUGACGUUAUCAGUGAAUUUCCUAUUGAUUCAGACUCCUCUACUGACUGGGAGUUUUCUUUUCCUGUGCUGGAGAGCGGCAAAGUGGGAGAUCAACCGGAUUAUGAUGUUCCCUUCCUGAGCACAGAAGAGGGAGACCCAGGAAUCUCAGCAGGAAGACCCACAGGUGUGGCUGAUGAGACCUUCAGUCCAGGAGAUGACUCAGUGUUUUAUUCAGUGUCACAUGCUGAUGAGGGGAGCAAUCUGGUGGAUUCCAGACCGUCUGUUGUGAUCCAGGAGCCAACCUUGCUCGACUUACCUCGAGACCUAGUAGACAGAGGGCUGUUUGAGUCCUACACUUACACAGGAAUUUCCUCCUCUUUGCUCAGCUUAAGACCCUUCAGUCUGAGACCGGGGAAUAGAUACAUGUUGGAGGUCACGGCCAACUCUCAAAGUAGUUUUUUGGGCCGGACUCAGAUGUUCUUAAAAACCAACCCUGCUCCAAAAGGAAUGACGUGCCAGGUGCAACCGAUAAAAGGGUCGGAGUUAUACACACACUUUAGCAUCUUCUGCACUUCAGGGAAAGAGGACUUACUGUAUGAGUACAGCUUCAGUGUCGGAAACAGACCUCCCAGGAUAUUGUACCAUGGGAGAGACUUCCAGUACUACUUCAGCCUUCCCUCUGGAGACCGCAGCGACGGCUAUAAAGUAACUAUUUACAUAAAGAUCAGAAGCAGCGCGUAUGGAACCACCACUAAACCCUGUCCUGUCACCGUCCAAGUCCAGCCAAACUUCCUCAGAGACACUUUUUCACCCCAUCGUGAUCCUGAUCUGGAGCUUUCAGAAUCAGGUCUGAAGAACCUGUCAGCUAUGGUCCGGCUUGGGAACAGUGCAGAGAUCCGUAACUACGUUAGUCUCAUCUCCAGCAUCCUAAACAGACUCAGCAUGGACACAGAGGCCGACACACAUGCACAGAGACGCACACGCAACAUACUCAUUUGCACAGUGUGUGAACUUGAGAGCAGCGAACAGGCAUCAAUGGUAGACAGCAUCAGCAUUCUUAAAGACCUUUUACAAGUUACGAGCCAGGUGACAUUAGUUAGUGCCAGACGUGUGACGGCCCAUGUUCAUGCCAUCUCACAGCACUUUUCGGAGUCCACUGUUCCAGUCCGCUACCAUCUGGACCAGAAGACACUGAACAUCCUGUUCACUCUGCUCUCAUACAGCCUGCAGGCGGCUGUCAACAGUUAUGACUUCACAACCAACAGUGCUGAUGUUACACAAGAAUUGGAAUCAGACUCACUUACUGGUGAAAACAUAAGAAAUGCUAGGUACAUCUUGUUCUCUAAAAUCCGGGAGCACAGAGUCAUCACCGGUCUCAUGUCCUUUUAUGUUACAAACCAAAACCAAACCUCCACAGUCAUCAGCAGUGGCGCAACCAUCUUCUACAUGCCUCCCUCCCUCAUCCAGCUCCUGUUUGCUGGUCGCAGAGGAGAGACUGAGAGCAGACAGCGUCAACCGUGUGUGCUCAGCCUGCUCACUGAGCUCACCCAGAGCCCUAUCAGCUGGGCCCGCUAUCCUGGAAAGGUGAGUGGACCGGUGGUUGAUCUGAGUCUGUAUGAAUGCAGCACGAGGAGAAGAAUUCCUGUUCGAACCCUUCUUCAGCCAAUCAACAUUGAGCUGCAGCAACCACCAAGAAACAGCUCUGUGCGUGACUUCGUCCUCCUGCGGAGCCAGAUCAAUUAUCAUAGCUUCAACAUUACCCAGGAGCACUUGCAGCAGGCAAUCCAGCUGAGUGUGGUGUUUGUGCCACCACCCAACAAGACGUUUCCAAUCAUGCUGCUCUUCAGUAUGUUUGAGAGGCCGACUCCCAGCAUGCACCAUCUGCACAGGAUUCACCAGUGGGAGACCAACAGUACACGCAUCACUCUGCCACCGUCCUACCUCCAUACUCCAGGUGUUUGUUACUUGGCCCUGCUGAACGCUGACUUUGCGAAGCCACCGAGACACAAUCACCUGAGCAGCCAGGUCAACUACAGUCUCAAAGUGGACAGAAGUCUGUGUUUGUCCUGGGACGACCACCAGAGGGCAUGGACACACCUCGGUUGCAGAAUACAGCUGGAAGACAGAAACACUGCAGUCAACUGCAGUUGUCACCAGUUGAGGCCGUUGACUGUGGUGAAGCAGCAGAUCCAGAGCAGCCAUGACACAGCUGAUCUGGACCCGUUCCUAAGUGUGUCCAGUGAUCUGACAGUGCUCUGUGUGCUGGUACUGUGUGUGUGUCUGUACAUCCCGGGGUUGUUGGUGUGCAGGAGAGCCGAUGUCAUCUCCAAGGAAAAUCAGAAAGUCCACUACCUUACUGACAACUCUCCAUGUGAUCCAUACCUCUAUGCUGUGACCAUCCACACCGGUCUCUGCUCUGCAGCCAGUAUGAGCGCAAAGGUCUACAUAGUGCUGUAUGGUAAAGACGGGUUCUCGCAGACAAGAGAACUACAAAUCCCAGGAUGUUAUCUAUUCAGUAGGAACUCUCAAGCCACGUUUAUACUCAGUGCAGCAGACAGCCUGGGUGCAGUGUGGGGGGUUCACAUCUGGCACGACAACUCGGGACCCUCCCCAAACUGGUACCUCAAACUGGUGGAAGUAUCUGAGGUGAUCAGAGGCCACGUGAAGGGCCGCACCUGGCUCUUUGUCAAUCAGUGCUGGUUGGCUGUGAGCAAAGGUGAUGGCAAGGUGGAGCGAAUGCUACGUGUUUGUACCCAUGGAAUAGGCUUUGCUAAGAUGUUGUGCCUGAAGCUAUCUGACUAUUUGGCUGACUUCCACAUGUGGAUAUCUGUGUUCAGUUGCCCCUGCCCAGGCUCGUUCACACGCACGCAAAGACUUAGCAUGUGCCUGCUGCUGUUGUUGGGUUAUGCGUGUGUCAGUGCAGUAAUCAUAUCCGAAAUGGAUGAGCAGUUUCCAUUGGAGGUGGGCAUUAUUGAUGUAUCAGCUGUUUCCGUGACAACUGGGAUAUUAAGUGUGGUGGCAGUAUUGCCAGCAGCAACAGUGAUAUCGUUCCUGUUCCGACUGUGUGAGGUCAAGCUGAUAGGGUCAGGGGUCCAACACACAAAGGGCAGAAACACUGACAAUGACUGUUUUGAUGAAUCCUGUUUCUUACUUAAUUGUUUUGCAUUGGUUUUCUCCUUUAUUUUCUUGUCUCCUUACUUGUUCAUUGUCCUGUCUCAUUGUCCUACAGAUGCCAUCUCAGUGAACCACAGUAUAUUUGAGCCCUCUUGGAGCAGCAUUCAGCAGUGGGCGCAGGAAGCCUGGAGGAAGAAACACCAGGGUACAGACUUGCUGUCUGCAAGGGAUCUGGAAAACAAAGACACAAAUGAGAAAACUGUGAUCCAAACAGAUGUGGUCAUAAGGAGGGAUGAUGCGCUGGAAGUUGAAGGCAGUACAGGGCCAGCACUUCAAAACUCAUUUCUGAUAACAGACGGAAACAAGGUUGAUCAAGGGUUGGGUCGUGUUAGCAAGAGCAGCAAGUUUCAUGGAACCCAGAAAGAUCAUUUGUCUGGUAUGAAGGAAAAAGAUCCAUCCAACAGUGGCCUCGAGGAUGACCAGCUUCACCAGGCAGCGUGGUCCAGACACAACAGCGGUUCCAACGUCACCGAUAAGCUGAGAGGGAGACGAGUCAGAUCAGCAUUGCAGUGGUGUCACUAUCUCGCCUGGGCACUGUGUCUGCUGUUGUCCAUCUCCUGUCUGGUGCUCUCUGUGGUGCUGGGACUGAGGUUCAGCAGCAGCAAGUCCCUGCUUUGGAUACACUCUCUUUUUUUCUCCUUGUUGUCUUGCAUCUUCCUAAUCCAGCCAGCUGUGAUACUUGCAGUAGCAUUAAUUGUCUCACUUUGGUACCGAAGAAGACCUGACUUUCACAGUUUCUCAAGUAUCACAGACUUUGAGAUAGAGACUUCUAUACUGUUGGACCACAAUGGUGCUAAUCGACCAGAAGAGCAGUUCAGGCCAUCUGCUUUACCUCAGGAAGGAUGUUCAUACCUCAAAAAGCUUCUUGGAGCUCGUCAGCGAGCCAGGUACCUACGUCUUAUGCGUCCGCUGACUCCAGCAGAGCUGAGGAGGACUCGUCGGAGGAAAAGAAGAGAGACUCUCAUCCAUAAAAGCCUCAGGGAUUUGUGUGUCUGCGUCUCCAUGCUCUUCCUCAUGCUGUGUAUAACCUUUGGCAGCUCAUUCAGUGACCAUUACCACCUCAAUAAAGCUGUCAGAAAACAGUUUCUAGGCGGCCAGGAUAAUGACUUCAUUUCUAUACAAAAGCGUGAGGACUGGUGGAGGUGGACACAGAGCAGUCUGCUUAACUUACUGUACAAGAAUUCAUCAGCCACAACUAAGUUCGAUGUCAUCCAACAAUCACACAUCUUGAUUGGUGAGCCGAUCCUGGGGAAGACAGAGAUCUCCAGCUCAUUUCAGAAACAGGUCUCUGAUGUGAGUCUUGUACAAGAAUAUAUUCACUUAUUAUCUGGGAGCAGAGCAUCCACUUACCCUAAGUCAGAUGCUAUGGUUGCUAUGGCAACUCCUCCAAGGACAUGUGAUCACCUGGGCUGCUACUCAGGACCAACAUCAUUUAUGCAUCCUCUUCCCUUCUGGAGGUCUGACGCUGUGUUCAGAUUGAAGCUUCUGCGUUCAGCUGGCUGGCUCGGCAGACAGACGGUGGCCCUGAAGGUCCAGUUCACAUUGUACAGCCCUGCACCCAACUUGUUCAGCAGUGUGACCCUGCUAGCUGAGCAGAGCCCCACCGGUGCCCUGCUGCCCUCUGCCAAAGUCCAGUCAGUUAGGGUGUAUCACACUCCUGCUGUGUGGGACUAUGUUGUCAUGAUCUGCCAGCUUCUAUUCCUCCUCUUGUCUCUGCUGCAUCUCUGUCUUCAAGUGUACACUGCAGGGCAGCAAGGGCUGAUGGGAUACUGCAGGACGCCCUGCAACUGGCUGGAAGCCAUUCUGCUGACAGUGACCAUAGUGUACUAUGUUCAUUACAUAUAUCACUCUGUUGUCAUCAUGGAGGUUGUGGAGCUGCUGCAGAGACACAACUACAGAGAGCAUGUGGAUGUUAGCCUCCUGGCUACCUGGGAACAAUAUAUUCGUGCUCUGCGUGCUGUUAUGCUAUUCCUUGUCACCAUGAGAUGUGUGACUGUGUCGGGGCUGAACAGGACCUUGUCUACCUCUGCUACACUCUUCGCCCACUCGCUCUCCAGCCUGGUCUGGCCAAUGAUUUCAGGUUUUAUCCUGCUGGUGGCGCUGUCCUGUGUGGGGAACUUGCUGUUUGUACAAAGCUCCUGGGCUUUCAGCACUCUUCCACGCUCCCUUCUGACUCUGCUCUGUCACUACCGGGGUCUUAGGGUCGUCGGGGGCCUCCCCCUUUUGGGACAUGGUUUCUUCUACAGAGCUCUCUAUCUGUUCUGCACAGUAGUAUGGACAGCAGUGAUGACAGGUGUGGUGUCCUCGUUGGUCCGAAGUGCCAGAAGAUCUCAGAGCUGGAGUGAUGUCUUCACCAUAAGAGAAUUAUCCAGCUGCAUCAGACAGAGAGUUUCUGAGUUUACUGGGCAUCAUAGACCAACACGGACUGAUAACAAUGCGGAGACAAGGACCUAUUACCUCGAGGAAUUUGAAAGCUUAGUGGAUGAACUGUUGUUCAGACUCAACGCGCUCUCCAAUAGCCUGCACCACAUGCUGCCUCCCAAAGACCAUCGCUACAGGGAGGACAGCCCUGUCAGCUCACUCAUGCAGGAACCCUCUGACAUGGACUCACAGAGCUUUAGGAGAACAGAACAAAUGAUGGUGAAUGACCACACAGAUGUCAAUGAUGAUGGAGAAAGCCCACCUGUGCCUCAACUGCUCAGAUCCCAGCUUGAACUGGAGAUACUGCAGCUCCCUGCACACAGAGGUCAAAAAUCAGACAGUCCCAAGCAGAGUGGAACAACAUCUGAAGAACAUUCAAAAUCUACAGUGUGGCAGCCUUAUUUUAAGGGACGAAACGGUCUGUCCCUCCCAGAGUCAUCAUCUCCUACAGGGCUUUGGAUGGCAGAGCACCCGCAAAGUAGAUGGGCAGCGUCUCAAUCAGGCCCUUGUAAUGUUCUGGAGAUGCAAAGCAGCCAAUAUACUAAGACAAGUAACAGCUGUUGGUUCAGUACAAGUGGUAGGUGUAGGACAGAGGGUCCAACAGCCACUCAGGCCACCCAUACAGAGGUAGUGGUGGAGGUUCUGGUCCAUGAAGAGCCUGGCAGUGUAUAGCCAGAUAAACACUAAGAAAACGAGACAUCCAUUAGUUUUCCUAUUCUGUUAGGAUGCAUCUGCCCGUCUGCUGUCAUUAUCUUUUUGCCCAUAUGUCAAGAAUGUUUGAUUUGUCUUUACAAAUUAGAAAGUGUUUAUUCUGGUUAUUAAAAUUGGUAAGGGCAAAGACAAAGUAAGCCGUGGAUACAUCCCAACUAAAGUCAUCAUUCAGCUAAAUAGACUCAAAACCUUGCAACCAAAUCUUUAAUAUUUAUUUAUCCAACUCCGAAGGUAGUCUGAGACAUAAUCUUAAAGAUCCCUUCCAGACAUGUUUUAAUAUGUAUAAAACACUCUAGUUUGAAUGAUACCUUGUGUAUAAUAUGCUUCUUUGUUUGUUUGUUUUUUACAAAAAGAAAAAAAAAAUCUUGUUAAAAUCCUUAAAUAUACAACAGGUCCUUCUCCAUCCCCACAAUCUAUAAAUAUUCAAAUAUUUUUUAAUUUCAGAAGUUUUGCUGCCGGACACAACAACCCCUAUUUUAAGUCCUUUCUCAGCUUCUUCAUUUCUUGUUAAUGCAUCCAUGAUUGUCAGCAUACAGUAGCCUACCUGUUUGCAGUAAGUGUGUACAAUUUAAACACACUUUCUCAUUCAAGUCAAUGGGAAAGUGUGUCCAAGCAUUUGAACUUUCCACAUCACACUUGUCUAAGUUGAAUAUUGGACCAGGAUUGGUUUAAAACUAUUUGUAAUCAUGCUUGUAGGCCCACCCCUUAAAACUAAAUUCUCAGUGGGCAUAGAGAAACUUUCCACUUUCCGUAGUUGCAUGUGAAAAGAGCCUUCUAGUGUAAAAAUCUGCACAUAUAUCACUCUGCACAGCGAGACUCAAACAUCCAACUGUAAGAACAAGAAUAAAAACAUAGUUUUGAGUGGAAGGGGACUUUAAAGACACUGAAAUGCUUCUUUAAAUAUCUUCAGGUUUGAUUUGCACAAUAAAUAUUUGAUUAUAACAAUGUGACCCUUUCGGCAACAUAGACUGAAAGGUAAUGAUUGUGCAUGUAUCAUAUGUGUUGA